AUGGGAUUUGAGAAGGCCGGAGCUGAAAGGAAGUUGCAACUACAAGAAUUAGAGAACCUUCGCUUAGAAGCAUAUGACAACUCCAGGCUAUACAAAGAGAAGAUGAAGGCUGUGCAUGAUAAGCACAUUAAAAGGAGAGAGUUCAGACCUGGGGAAUUAGUUCUCCUUUACAACUCCAGACUGAGGCUCAUGCGAGGCAAGCUGAGAUCAAGAUGGGAUGGUCCCCAUAGAGUAGAGAAGGCAGAGCCAUACGGAGUCUUUCACCUGAGUCAUCCUUCAAGCUCCAAAUUCAUCAAGGUCAAUGGACAUCGCUUGAAGUAA